AUGCAUUCAACAAAACUUUCAUCAUCUUCAACUACUAAACCAUCACCAACAACAAAUAUUGAACAAUAUAAUUAUCCACCUAUAUCAACACUUCGUCGUGCAAGUCGACCAAGUAAUAUUGAUUUAUCUAUAUUUGAUCAUAAUAAUACACAACAAUCAUCAACUGAUCCGGGUAUAUAUUCAGCACCAAUAUUUUAUAUAAAACAAACAAAUAAUAAUAAUAAUAAUCAACAACAACAACAACAACAACAACAUAUUUCGCAAACAUCCCAAUCAUAUACAACUACAUUUCAAUUUCAACCUCAACAACAUUUACAAUUAUCUCCACAUCAUCAUCAUCAUCAUCAUUCGCAACAACAUAAUAUACAUUUAUAUCAACAACAACAAAUUGUUGAUCCAUAUCAUCAACAUACACCUCAUACAUUUCCAUUACCAGCUUCACCAAAUCAUAAUCAUCCUUAUUUUUAUUUUCCACCAUCAACAUUACAAGUUAAUAUGACAAGUAAUAGUCAUCAAUCAACAAAUACAAAUCAACCAUCAACACCAACAAAUAAUAAUCAUUUAUGUUCAGUACAAAUUGAAGAACCACAACAACAACAACAGCAACAAUGGUCAAAUCCAGCACUUAGUUCAUUAAUAGUUAAACGUAUGAAUGAAAAUUCUACAUCAAUACCCAUUGAUGAUGAUGAAGAUCCAUCAGCUUCAAUUGAUGCUCUCGUUGCUGAUGUUGAUUCUAAUUCUCAUGAUUUACUUGAUGAUGAACAAAAUAAAUCUAUUAAUGAAUCGAAAACUUCAUCAACAAUUCCAACCGGUACAAUAUCAACAUCAUCACAUUUAUAUCUUCGUAGUAAAUCACAUAUAUUAACAACUCCACCUAAUCCACUUGCAUCUGAUGAUCAUCCUGAUAAUCAAUUAACAGUUGGAAAUAAUUAUCAAAAAACUUUUAGUCCUAUACCAAGUGCCGGUUUUGAUUUAACAACUACAACAACAACAACAAAUAAUAAUAAUAAUAAUAAUAAUAAUGCUCAAUUAUCAUCAACAAAAGGAACAUCAAGUUUUAUUUUUGAUACAAAUAUUCUUGAACAAAAUGAAUUAAAAAAUCCACAUAAUGAAAAUUUAGUUGAUAAUAAUGAAGAAAAUAAUCAUGAUUUCAUAACUAAACCACUUAUUAUAAAUACAGAUAUUCGAACAACAAGAAUAUCUUCAAAUAGUUUAAUUCAAGAUGAUAAUAGUAAUCAUAGUUCAACAAAUAGUAGUUCUCAUAAUACAUCAUCAAGAAUUUAUAGUCAGAUUUUAAAAUCUUCAGAACAGCAAAUAUUAUCUUCAUCAUCACCACUUUCAAAUGAUAUUAAAUUAUCAUCAUUAGAUCAUGAUAAUAAUCAAACAAAUAUCAAUUCAAUAUCAUUACAACAACAACAAAGUCGACAUUAUUGUUCACAUCCUGAUUGUAAUAAAACAUUCACUAAUAAAAGUGCUCUAGCAAAACAUAAAUUAACACAUAGUCAAGAUCGUAAACAUGUAUGUCUAAAAUGUAAUAAAGGUUUCAAACGACUUGAUCAUCUUAAUGGUCAUAUGUUAACACAUGAAGAAGAAAAACCACAUAAAUGUCGUGUACCAAAUUGUAAUCGAACAUAUUGUGAUGCACGUUCAUUAAAACGACAUAUUGAAAAUACACAUCAAGAUAUUUUAGCUGCUAUACAUGAAGGUGGACACGAUGAAUAUAGAAAAUUUUUACCUGAAACAGCAUUUGUUAAAACAAAAGAUUUAUCAAUACAUAAUGAAUUUUCAAUUGAUUCAAUUGAUAGUAAUUCACCACGAUCAUUAAUUGAUAAUGAACAAUCAUUUAAUAAUCGAACAUCAACUGGAUCUAAAUCUAUGACAACUUAUACAUUUGAUGAAGAAAAAUGUAUUGAAUGUCAAAUUUGUAAAAAAACAUUUAAAAAUGGUGCUGCACUUAAUGGUCAUAUGCGUUUACAUGGGGGAUUUAUUGAUAAAUCAACAUCAUCAUUAUCUUUAACUGAAAAUACAGAAAAAAAGAAACGUUUACCAACAACAACAAAACGAAAACGUAUUAAUUCUCCAUCAAUAUCAAUAAAAAUAAAAAAAGAAGAACAAGAUAUAUCAAUGAUUCCAUCAACAAAUAAUAUUUAUCAAUCACAAUCAUCAUUUACAAAUUUAUCAUCAUGUUCAAAUAUUAUUUCAAAACAUUUAUAUAAUACAACAUUAUUAUCUCCUGCACGUCCAUCAUCAUCAUCACCUAAUAAUUCAAUUUCAACAACACCAUUUUCUCAAUAUACAAUUAAAAAUCCCUUGAAUAUACAAUCAUCAAUAAAACAAAAUCGAACAUCAACUCCAUUAUCUACACAUGUCAUUCAUCCAUCUCGAAUGAAUAUUCAAAAUGUAAUGAUACCACAUGAUCCAAUGGUAAAUCCACAAAUAUAUCUAAAUACAUCAUCACCAUUACAAUUGUAUGAUGAGAAAAUUAAAGAACCAUCAUUAUCUGAGAAUUAUUCUCAACGUCUACAGGCGAAUGGAAUGUCUUUGCAUCAUUCAUAUAUUGGAUCAUCACCAUAUCAAUCUCCAUCACAUAUUCCACAAUAUCCAAUACAUUCAUCAUCACCAUCAUCAUCAAUUCCAGCAAGUCUAUUAUAUCGUAUUCUUCCAAAUGUUGAACGAUUCAAACCAGAUUUUUGUCUUCCACAACAAAUAUCUUCACCAUUAAAUGAAUCUGUUCGUUAUACACAAUCAUCACACUUUGGUCAUUUAUCUGUACAAAAUCCGACUUCAUUAAUGAUAAAUACAUCAAUAACAUCACCAUAUUCAAAUCAAACUAUUAGUUAUAAUUCACCAUUAUCACCAAGCCAAAAGUGCAAUAAAGAUAAUAAUAAUAUACAACUAUCACCAAAUACACAUUCAACAUCUUCAUCAUGUUCAUCUUUAUCAUCAUUAAAUAUAAUGACAUCACAAAAACAAAUUCAAUAUACAAUGAAACAAGAAAUACAAGAUUAUAAUAAACAACAACAAAUUUAUAUUGAAAAUCAAACAUCACCAUUAGCAGUACUUGAAAUUGUUCCUGAUAUUGAUAGUCCAAUAAAAAAAAACACACCAUCAGCUUUUCUUAUUGGUACACCAUCAUCAUCAACUGGUACAAAUUCAUCAUCAUCAUCAUCAACAUCGACUAAUACACAUUUUAAUUAUGAUAAUAUUCAACAAAUAAAAAGAUCUGAACCUACGCAAAGUUCAUUUUAUUGGCCAUCACAAUUACGAAGACAAUUAAGUCUUAAUCUUACAAAUAAAACAUUAGAUCCACUUCCAUCAACACCAUAUACACCACCACCAAUGCUUAGUCCAUUUCGAAAAGGUCCUGGUCUUUAUUAUCGUGUUUUUUCUCAACCAGGUACAUCAACAGAACCACCAUCAAUACCAACAACACCACUUCCACCAUAUACACCUAUUGGUGAAGAAUCAGCAGGUCCAAAAAUUAAUAUUGGUAAAGAAUAUCAAGCAAUUAUUCCAAAAUGUCGUACAAAAUUACAAGAUGAUGAUGAUGAAGUAAUUGCUGAUGAAUUAUUAUUUUCACCAACAGAAUUAUUAUAUCUUGAUGAAAAAUCUCUUGAAAAAUUUGAACAAUUAAAUCGAAUGAAUCCAUUUUUAUUUUCAUCACGUCAUUCACCAAAAUCCUAUCCAAUUGAAUUAAUUUAUAUGUUAUUAUAUGAAUAUAAUGGUGAUUUAUCACGUACAUUAGCUGCUUUACUUGAUGGUACAGUUAAUGAUAUAAAACAAUGUCGACCAUUACAUAAUUAUCAUUUUCUUGAUUGUAAUAAAUGGACAAAAGAAGAAAUUGAUGCUUUUACAAAAGCUAUACAAACAUCAGAAAAAAAUUUUGAACUUGUUAGUCGAGCAGUUGGAACAAAAAGUGUAAAACAAUGUAUUGAAUUUCAUUAUAUGCCAAAAAUUAGUAUAACUGCUCGAAAAAUAGUAUCAACAAGAACGAGUUCUGUUAUGACUAGACGAAAACGAUUUCAACUGACGAAAGUACAACAACAACAACAACAAUUGGAUGAUGAAAUCUCAUCAUCAUCAUCAUUUAGUGAAUUUCGUUUUGAUGAUGAUGGUUCAACAGUGAAUAGUGAUAGUUCUCCUGCUACUCAAUUUUCCUGUGAUAUUGAUGAAUGUUUACAAACAUUUACAACUGAUCGAGCAUGUCGUGCUCAUCGUAAAAAUCAUCGUCGAACUAAUAAUAACAUGACAUCAUUGACAGUUACAAAACGAAGUCGAAAUAUUGAUUGA